AUGGCAGAUAUGCGUGCACCACCCACUCCCACGGCCAUGCUAAUCGGCACCGCCAUCAUAGCCGGUCUCAGUGGAUACAUGAUUGGAAUUGCGUCCAGUCUUGGAUUCUUCCCAAUUCCUUUUAUGUCACGGGCACCCAAGGAACGAGGAAUCGCGAAUUACGACGAUGAGGAAGAAAGCGAGGAAGAAGAUAUCGAUGCAUCUAUAUUAGACCAUGCGCCCAACUGGUCCAAUGGAUUCGAAGCUGAUAGACGAGAUGGAUUACGUGUAACACAAAACGAUACUACGAAAAAGAGUGAAAAGAAGAAGGAGAAGAAAGAGAAGAGUGACGGCGGAAUUGUGGACACCGGAGAAGAAUGUAAAUUGGUCUUGGUUGUGAGAACAGAUUUGGGCAUGACAAAAGGAAAAAUCGCUGCACAAUGUUCCCACGCCACGCUCGCCUGCUACAAAACUAUCUCGCGCCAACCCGCCAAUGCAUUGAUUUUACGCCGCUGGGAACGGGAAGGUCAGGCAAAGGUCGCGCUGCAAGUAAAAUCUGAAGAUGAAUUACAAAUCUUACAGGCGCAAGCUAUGAGUCUAGGGGUUGUGGCUGAGCAGAUUGCGGAUGCGGGUAGAACGCAAAUUGCGAGUGGGAGCCAUACUGUUUUGGGAAUUGGUCCUGCGCCAAAGAGUGUUAUUGAUCAGAUCACUGGGAAAUUGAAGUUGUUGUAG